UUUUUUUUUACCAAAGACAACACGCACUUGUUUCAUCCUUCACUCUGUAACGGUCGCCGAUUACUUAUCUUUCCUCUCACUCAUCACUAUCUCCGCUGACGGCGUCAGUGAAUUUCAUAAAUGUCACCAACCACCAAAAUUCUCACGGCCAACCACCGCAAAAACCACUCCCCAAAACUCACAUCCUCGUCUUCGAAGAUGAAAAAGAUCACGAAAACGAAAUCAUCGAAAUUACAAUUCUUCGUCCGCAUGAUGUGGAACUGUAACACCUUAGUGAUUCGUGCUUCUAGAGAAAAAACAGUUGAAUCGCUUCUCGAACAAAUUUCGUCUAAAACCAGAAUUCCGAUUCAACAUCAACGAUUAAUUUACGAAGGAAAACAGCUUACUCUAGAACAGAGUCUCUGCGAAUGCGGCAUCGAAAACGAUGCAAAUCUUCAAUUGGUUGGUCGCUUGAGGAGUAUAGCGUGUCCUAAAGUGUGGAAAGCCACACAAUAUAUUGUUUCUUUGAUUCUCAGGCUCUGUAGAGGUGAAUUGGUGAUUGGUGCUUCGAGAAUUAUUGAUGAUCACCUUACAUAUUACAUCAAUGAUUCUGAAUAUUUUUCUGUUUUCAUGUUUAUGGAAAUUCCUUCACUGUUGGUAGCUCUUUAUAUGUCACGGUAUGCAAAUGCGUGUGUUGCUGAUUCCGUGAUUAAGGAUUUUGUGAGAAUUUGUUUAGAUUUGAAGGACAAAAAGUUGCAGGGUGUUUACCUUGAAGUGUCAUUGGAGUUUUGUGAAUUGCUUAGAAGGGCACGGUGUAAGUAUGAUGAUCCUCUGUAUGUUUUUUGCCGGGAUAGUUUUUCAUCUUUGUUGACGCUUGUUGGUCGUGUUAACUUUCAGAAUCCUAAAGGAGAGGUCAUGCUUCGGGGUGUUUUUGACUGUGUUCACGAGAUCGCAGAUGAGUUGUUGAGGUUUUUGGAUCUGAGUAUGAACUGUCCCACGGGUGAGGGGUUUUCGUUCAACUUUGUUUUGGAUUUUGUUAAAUUCUCUGGCCAUUUAAGGAUGGGAUUGGCCGAGCAGCAAGCAACAUCCGAUGAAUUUUUGAAUUGCACUAUUGGUUACGAAGAGGAACCCUUGAUUGCAGGAGUAGUUGAUCAACUUCAUAUUGUAUUUAUUAAGUUAUUGAGCAAAAUGGAUGAGUGCCUUCAAGUCAUGGAGGAUUGCUUGGUUAACAAGAAACAUGGAAAAGGUGAUGGGGCCGUUAUCAAUAAUGGGUGGUCUCAUUAUAUUAUAAUCCUGAAGGUAUUGUAUCACAUAUCUAAGCUCUAUAGCGGUGCAAAAGAGAUGUUUUGGGAAGUUUUGUUGCGUCAAAAAAGUAUGCUAUCUCAUAUGAUUGUUCGGUACUCGAAGAAUACUGAUGAUCAUCGGUGGGUUCUCGAGAACAGAAGUGUGACCGAUUUUGAAUGCAGGAGGCAUUUGGCGAUGAUGAUGUUCCCCGACUUAAAUGAUGAAUCGUUGGGAUAUGAGAUGCUUAUUGACAGGUCUCAGCUUUUGGCUGAAUCUUUCGAGUACAUAUCACAAGCUAAUUCUACAUCUUUGGAGGGUGGUCUAUUUAUGGAAUUCAGGAAUGAGGAGGGUACAGGACCGGGUGUAGUAAGGGAGUGGUUGGUUUUGGUGUGUCAAGAAAUAUUUAAUCCGGAACAUGCCCUUUUUGUGGCAUGUCCAAAUGACCGCAGGAGAUUUUUUCCUAAUGCUGCAUCUAAGGUAAAUCCUCUGCACCUAAAGUACUUCAGCUUCUCUGGACGUAUGAUUGCGUUAGCUUUGAAGAAUAAGGUGCACGUGGGUAUUGUUUUUGAUCGUGUAUUUUUCAAGCAAUUGGCUGGAAACUAUAUUAUUACUUUAGAAGAUAUUCGGAAUGCAGAUCCUAUAAUGUAUAGUAGCUGCAAGCAAAUAUUGGAGAUGGAUGCUGAUUAUAUUGAUUCAGAUGCAUUAGGACUGACAUUUUCUAUAGAGGUAGAGGAAUUAGGACACAGGAAAGUGAUUGAGCUCUGCUCUGGUGGGGAAAGCAUUGUCGUGAAUAGUAAGAACAGGGAGAAAUAUGUUGAUCUUCUUAUACAGAAUCGUUUUGUGAAAUCCAUAUCUGAGCAGGUAUCGCAUUUUGCCGAGGGUUUUGCUGAUAUUAUAUCUGGCUCAAGGCUAGAGUUCUUUCAAUUUUUAGACCUUGAAGAUCUUGAUUGGAUGCUGCAUGGGAGUGAAAAUGCCAUUUCUGUUGAAGAUUGGAAGGCACAUACCAAGUACCGUGGCUAUAAAAAGAAUGAUUGUCAGAUAUCUUGGUUUUGGAAGAUCGUUGGAAGAAUGUCAGCAGAGCAAAGGAAGGUUCUUCUGUUCUUUUGGACAUCUGUGAAACAUUUACCAGUUAAAGGUUUCCAUGGUUUGGAUUCUUGUCUAUUCAUUUGCAAAUCCAGUGAACCUAAUAAUCACUUGCCCUCAUCUCACACUUGUUUCUAUGAGCUGUGCUUUCCCCCGUAUUCUUCUAUGGCUAUCAUGCAAGAUCGCCUUGGAAUCAUUACUCAAGAGCACGUCGGCUUCAGUUUUGGUGCUCCAUAACGGUGAAUAGAAUACACCUCCGAUUUGGUUAGAAGUUGUUUUGAAUCUUUUGAUUGCACAUAGAAAUACCAUCACUCGCCUUUGUAAAGAUUUAGGAUAGGAUUAUUCCUUUUUUUGUAGAAAUGAUUAUUUGAGAUAGCUUUCUAGUUAGUUCUGUUUCUCAAAUCGAUUAUGGGUGGCAAUGUAGUGAUGUUAACUUAUAAUAACGGCCUCACUCUUUUAAAUCUGGCUUCUUGUCUGAAGCUUCACUGACAGAAACUUUGGAGGUUGUAAAUAUGCAAAAUCAUCAAGA